GGUUUCCUGUGGGGCUCCGUCCACCUGCUCAAAGAGGAAGUGGAUCGUUACAGCGUUCAGCUGAAACGUGACGGAUGCAAUGGGGCAGAGACAGUCCUAAGUGUGCGGCUCAACAAUCCCAUCAUGCACCACAACAGCAGAGGUCAGACAGUGGAGCUGAACUUUGACUGUGAACACCACCGAGAGCUGGAGGAGGCUGCUGGGAGAGUCUUCAUGAAGGGGAAGAGUUCCCCCUUUGUCGAAUGCCCAGGUGGUACAGUCCAGGUGUUCCCCUCUGCUGCCAAACAGAGUGGUAGAUCCUACAGCAGGAAGAAACCACAGAGCAAGAGUCAGCUGAAGAUUUUGCCUCUGUCGUCUCCGAGCAGUGAAGACGACUCGUCUGUAAUGAAGAUUCCAGGGAGAAGCACAGCAGAGUUUCUGUUUGAUCAGAUCAGACACUCAACUCCAACAUAUGACUCAGGUGUUCCUGUCCCUGAACCUGUCUGUCUCCCAGGUGUUCCUGUCCCUGAACCUGUCUGUCUCCCAGGUGUUCCUGUCCCUGAGAUGUCACAAGAAGAGACAGACGUGUUCAGAGGAAGCAGCUCUCCUUUCAUAAAGGUACGUUUCUUCUUUGAUUCCUCAAUAAAAGUCAUCACCUGCCUCACCUGCCUCAUCUGUCUCACCUGCCUUACUUGUCUCACCUGUCUCACCUGUCUCCUGGUCCAGGAAGUAUUGAGUUGUGGCAGGAAGAGAGCGACUGCAGACUCAGGCUACCUGUCAGACCAAACUGAGGGUGUGUCUGCACAGAAGAAGAGGGCGGGGUCUCAGACCAAGGGGGAGGUAACUAAAUCACCUCUGACAGAGGGGUUACCUGAGGGGGCAGAGCCUCCUCCUGCGGAGGAGGAGAAGGUGUUUGAUGGAGGUGCAGAGGAAGGUUUAGAGAGGAAGGCACCUAUACUAGAGUCAGACCUCACAUCAGGCAUCACAGCUGCUUUCAACACCUUCAGAACACACCUGGAACAACACUUCACUGGCUGCUGGCGGAAAGUUGAAGCUCAAGUUCUUCUGUCUUUAAAAGAGUGUCAACAACACGUCGCCUCACUGCUGACACCUGUCCAUCAACACAGGUACCGCCCACCUGUCCGUCAACACACCUGUCCGUCAACAUAGGUACCGCCCACCUGUCCGUCAACACACCUGUCCGUCAACAUAGGUA